GCAGUAUGGGGUUUACCCUGCCAGUGCACGUCUCCUGCGUGAGCAGCUCCAUCGGGAUCAAGGAGACUCUUGGAACUGCUGGGGCGCCGGCCCUGUCCCUCGGCCUCUCCUUGGACAUCCCGAUCCAGGAGCUACUUGCGGCGAUGCUGGAGUAUCAGCAGCGAAGCCCGCCUCGUGCUGACGAGCUUCCAGACACGCUGCCGAAGUUCGCGCUGAAACCCCCCACCAAUGUGGAUCCAGCACAGGCCCAAGAACGGCCUGGUUUCAACGAGGCUGCGAAGCCAACGACGGCGAGCUUUACAGGUUCACCGUGGGAGACCAUGCCAACGUAUCGGCCUCGACUGAACACCGUCGUCCAUCGUGUGAAGGUCUACAACCUCAUGAAGAGCGUCAAGUCUCGAGAUGUUCAGUACAUCUUUGAGAAGCACGUCGGCCCGAUUGAGAAGUGUGUGUUGACUGACUGCGUGGCUGCAAUCCAAUUCACGAUGCCGGAUCACGCAAGAACGGCGGUGGAACGCUACGACGGAGGUAUUCUGGAGAUAAGCACAGACAAGAAGAGGAGCGACGAUACCUUGAUCUCGCUCGCAGCCUCCCCCUGGGCCCACGAUGGACUUGCCCUUAGAUCAAAACUCGAAGAGACACUGUGGCCUCUGUCGGACUGUCAGCUGAGGCGGGGCGACGGGUGGCUCACAAUGUUCCGCGUGAGCACCGCGAAGGAAGCUCGCAAGAGCGACCAGGGUGAGAGCCACCAGGUCGAUUUCAAGGGCAGCAUCAUUACC